AUGAACGAUGUCAUCAAGAAGGUGAAAACUAAAGGAGAAUGGAAGGUGCUGGUGGUAGACAAACUGAGCAUGAGAAUGGUGUCAUCAUGCUGCAAAAUGACAGAUAUUAUGUCCGAAGGAAUCACAAUUGUUGAGGACAUCACUAAACGCCGUGAACCUCUUCCUACUAUGGAGGCCAUUUAUCUUUUAAGUCCCUCUGAUGAGUCAGUGGAGGGACUCAUUAAUGAUUUCAGAGAUCCGCGUGCCCCAGCAUACAGAGGAGCUCAUGUCUUCUUUACAGACGCGGUCCCAGACUCUUUGUUCAGCCUCCUCACUAAAUCCCGAGCAGCCAAAGUGAUAAAGACUCUGACCGAGAUUAAUGUCGCCUUCCUGCCCUAUGAGUCACAGGUGUUCUCCAUGGACAGUUUCAAUGCCUUUCAGGACUUUUACAGCCCAUUUAAAGCAGAUGUGAAAAGCCAGAUGCUGGAGCGCUUGGCUGAGCAAAUUGCCACCCUCUGUGCCACCCUGAAAGAAUAUCCAGCUGUCAGAUACAGAGGAGAGUAUAAAGACUGUGCCAUUCUGGCUCAGAUGCUGCAGGACAAACUGGAUGGCUACAAAGCCGAUGAUCCCACAAUGGGUGAGGGAAUAGAUAAAUCCCGCUCUCAGCUACUGAUUCUGGACAGAGGAUUUGAUCCUGUCUCUCCAGUGUUACAUGAGCUCACCUUCCAGGCCAUGGCCUUCGACCUGCUGCCCAUUGAGAAUGACGUCUACAAAUAUGAGACAACUGGAAUAGGAGACACUUGUAUGAAGGAAGUGUUACUGGAUGAGGAUGAUGACCUGUGGGUCACGCUCAGGCACAAACACAUCGCUGAAGUCUCCACGGCUGUGACAAAAUCUCUAAAAGAUUUCUCUUCCAGUAAAAAGAUGAACACAGGAGAGAAGACCACCCUAAAGGAGCUGAGUCAGAUGCUGAAGAAGAUGCCGCAGUAUCAGAAAGAACUGAGCAAGUACUCUACUCACCUGCACUUGGCAGAAGACUGUAUGAAGCACUACCAGGGCACAGUGGACAAACUCUGCCGCGUGGAGCAGGACCUGGCCAUGGGUGCAGAUGCAGAAGGCGAGAAGCUCAAAGAUCCCAUGAGAGCGAUUGUGCCCAUCCUCCUGGACUCCAACGUUACCAUCUUUGACAAGAUCCGUAUCAUUCUCCUCUACAUCUUCCUCAAAAAUGGUGUAACUGAGGAGAACCUUUGUAAACUUCUGCAGCAUGCACAGAUCCCUCCAGAGGAUAGUGACAUCAUCUCGAACAUGGCUCAUAUGGGAGUGCCCAUCAUCUCAGAACAAUCUACAACACGAAAGAAGAAAGCUGAACGUAAGGAAAGAAUCAGCGAGCAGACCUACCAGCUCUCCAGGUGGACUCCUCUGGUGAAAGACAUCAUGGAGGAUGCUAUCGAAGACAAACUGGAUCCGAAGCAAUAUCCGUACAUCUCUACGCGUACAGUGUCGCUCAAACCCAUACCAGCUACCAGUGCGCGGUAUGGAAACUGGCACAAGAAUAAAAGCCCAGGAGAAAUGCGAACAGGUCCUCGGGUCAUCGUCUUCAUCAUCGGGGGCGUGACCUACAGCGAAAUGCGCUGUGCCUAUGAGGUCACGCAGGCCAACGGCAAAUGGGAGGCUCUUAUUGGUUCUACACACACUGUCACCCCCAAUAAGUACUUAAAGGACCUGCAGCACCCGGACUUCCUGGACCCUAAUGCAGCCCCAGAGGACCAGGUCACUGCUGAAGACUGA